GUUAUCCCUUUUGCAUAACCUCGAACAUCAACCAAAGCAAUACAAAACUACAAUUCGAUUAAGAGCUUAUUAGAAUUGUAAACCAUCCAAUAACCCACUAUGGCAUACGUGAACCGCCCCUACGGAAACAACUACUACGAGGCGGACAGGGAAGUCGUCCGUGAAGGUCCAUAUGGUGGCUCGUACUCAUCCGAGUAUAGGGUUGAUGAAUAUGGUAACCGUGUGCUUCCGGUUGGCCACCACAAUGAGGUUGUGGCUGAGGUUGUGACUGAUGUCGUGCCAGGCCACCGCCACCAUCACCACGGUGGGCCAAUCGAGUACAUCGAGAGGACUGGUGAGCGCUAUGUUGACAAUGUCUAUGAUCCCUACAGGAGGACCUACUAAGAGCCAGUACGACGUAGCAACUAAUUAUGAGUAUUAUCAGAAGAAUAAAAAAGACCUAGUUAAUUUGCCUUAGGCUUGGGCAAAUUACUGCUGUAUUAUUACCUAUUUGGUAGAGUUUGUGAUCUGAGAUCAUGUAUUAAUCUAUUAUAGUUUAUCUAUACGACUAUACUUUGUUUGUACUCCUCGUUUAUUAUAGAUUAUAAAACUAUAGUUAAUCAUA